AUGCUGCGGCCACGGCACCUCUGCUGGGCUGCGGCCCUGGUGUUUAUUGCCCUGUUUUCCCUCCCCCCUGCCCUGGCCAACCGUGUCCACAUCGUCACGGGAUCAGACCCGACCGAUGCAUUAGCUGGCCAGGUCAUCACAAGCAGCUCCUUGGGUCCUAUCGAGGUGGAGGUGCUUGAUGAGACUUUCGAGCGGGACACAUCCUUCACGGCCGACGUUUAUGCGGCCCUCGACCCCGCCGGUGGGCUUGGCGGAACACGCAGACAGCCGGCGAACAAAGCGGGAGGGGGUCUCGCUGUGUUUGAUGAUCUGACCGUGAAGACGGUCUCGACACCUGGAACCUACACGCUGUCUUUCUUCUGCGACGGAUGUCUGUCGGACACGAGCCUGCCCUUCCGCGUGACCGCCGGCAGUGCUGUACGUCUGAAGAUCACAUUUCAGCCCACGACUCCCGUCACAGCCGGAUCUCCUAUCACUACUACCACUGUUGAGGCUGUUGACGUGGACGAGAUUCGCGACGCGAAUACUGAUAGAGACAUCACAGUUUCCAUCACCGGGACUGGAGCAUGCGGCGCCUCCCUCGAGGGCACAACGACGCGGUCCACCGGUGGCACUGGACAGGCGGACUUUACUGACCUGAAGAUCAAGGCGGCCGGCGUGGGCUACACUCUCACCUUCUCUUCUCCGUCUCUCCCCGACGUCACGAGCGUCUCCUUUGACGUUACCGCUGAGACUGCAGCCGACAGCGUGGAGAUCACCACACAGCCACCUGCGUCAGUGGUCGCACAGACGGUAUUCUCUCUGUCCUGUACGCUAAAGGACUCGCACGGCAAUACCGUCGCGGUUGGGGAGACUGUGGAGUUGACAACGGCUGCUACAUUGACGGGCACGACGAGCGAUUCUACCUCUGCUGGCACGGUGAUAUUCAGCGAUUUGCGCAUUGAAGACGCAGGAGCGUACACAAUCACGGUAAGGGGGGACGAGCAACGGCGUCUGUCGGUCAUGUGUCGUGUUGUGUCUCUUCCCUCCCUGUUUCCUGCAGGCAUCGUGCACCACGUGCAGCGGCAGUCCUACCCCGGGCACCAGUACCUCCAUCACUGUUGUCUACGAUACGGAGAUUAUCAUCUCUGGCGGCCCCGUCAUCACAGAGGGGGGAUCCGGAGAAUACUCAGUCGUUCUCGCAUCCCAACCGCAAAGGAAUGCACAGGUGGAUGCUAAUUUUCCCAGCGGCAUUACUCUUGACGCCGUGACCACCGUCCCCUACCCCCUCAUUUUUACGCCAAGCGAUUGGGACACGCCUCAAACCAUCUAUGUCGAUGCGGACGCGGCCGGUGCGGCGGGCAGUGUGUCGAAGACAUAUACCAUCACUCACUCGGCCACUUCAACUGACCCUGGCUGGGCUUCGCCGAACGUCCGGUGGAUGCCCAUGUCGGACGUGACUGUGACUGUGGUUAAUGACGACUUUAAGGUCAUCAGCAUCACGGGUGGAGGAUACAUUGAUGAAGCCACACCACCAUCCCCCGCUACUUACAACAUCGAAUUGUUGUCCCCCCCGGCCGUUGAUCCCACCACGAUCUCCAUCACCGUCUCACCCGCCGGCGCAGCGACGGUCGACCGCCCUUCCAUCGACUUCACUGCAGCCACCUCCGGCCCCGAGCCCGUCGUGGUGACGGCCGUCGACGACAACAUCGCCCGGCCGGGGGGGUCGCGGGUCAUCAGUGUGGGGCACGUGGUGACCGCGGGGGACACGUCCUUCAUAUUCUCGCCGUCCAACACGAUCGAGUACGGCAUAUUUGACAACGACGUGCCCAACGUCAGGUGGACCCCUGCGGCCGUGACGGUUUUCGAGGGCAAGUCGACGACCACGGUCGUCACUCUUGGCACCGAGCCGGCAGCCGACGUGCAGGUCUCUUUGUCCUGCACGCCCGGGACGGCGGAGGCCCUCCCUGCCACACAGACCCUGACGGCAUCGUCCUACUCGACUGGUGUAACCUUCACGAUCACUGCCAUCGCGGGAGGCGGGACACCGGGGCUGUCCUACGACCACAGGUGUCAGGCGAGCCUGGUAUCUGAUGACCCUGUGUACAACAGCCCCAUGGAGCUGCCUUCCGAGGGCGCAGGGGAAGUCCUCGUGGCCAUCUAUCGGAGAGCCUGUGUGGGUGGCACAUUCAGGUGGGCAGAUGGGAAGAGACCGGUGACCAUCACUUUGUGGUGUGUUUGGAUUGGUUUGUUCGGUCAGUGCCACUUGCGACCUCUGUCCUGCGGGUUCGCAAUGUGCUGGCGGGGUCUCUUACCCAUGCCCACCGGGAACAUACAGGUGAGGCCAUUCAUCCAUUCAACACCGUCAUCGCACCGACCUGUCAUGUGUCUCGGUCAGCAACGCUGGGGACGCCACGUGCACUCCCUGCCCGAUAGGCCACCAGUGCGAUGACCCCUCAAACGUUCCCCCUGCUCUCACUGCCUGCCCUGCCGGAACCUAUGCACACCUUAAUGGCACGGUUCUCUGCGAUCCCUGCCCUGCGGGUCAUGCCGAUUUCCACUGUGCACGCAUGGCCAUCCGGGACAAAACGAGACACCCGUUGUAUGUUCCCUGAUGCUCAGGACAUGAGUGUACCGACAACACGGCGCUCCCCCGACCGUGUGCUGCCGGCUGGUACAACCCGGCCAAGAGCAAUGGUCCUUGCACCGAAUGUGGCGCCGGUAAAUAUUGCCCGCCCCCUCGUGCCGUUGAGCUGGACUGUCCGGCCGGCUACUAUAGCCAGGCCCCCACCGGGACCGGCGGGGCCGAGUACUGCACCAUCUGUCCCGCAGGCUCUUCAUGCACCGCCACAGCAGCCACUGUAAGCAUGGGUGUAUGUGAGGCCCAUGCAUUGGUGCACACAUCUCCUUGUCUUAUCGUUUUCGGAAUUUGCACAGGCGUGUGCUCUUGGACAGUACGCUCCGGAGGGCACGCCCGACCCGCCGGGGUGUUUCGACUGCCCCGCCGGCAUGGCGUGCAAUGUGACGGCGCCGACUGAAGUCUGCCCCCUGGGGACCUUCUCAGAACUCGUAUGUGUGACAUCUGGCAUACGCUUUGUCGCAUACGUAUGUGCAUUGCUGCCUGCCUGCGCGUAUGUCCGGCUGCAGGGUAAUGAUGAGUGCCGCACGUGUCCCGCAGGCUUUGAAUGCACCGACCCAGGGGCGGCGCCUGUCGUAGGGCACUGCACACAGAGGCACAGGCACUCGUGGGCAAGAUUGUACUUGCUUUUGUGUGCUGACUUAUUCAGCAAUGCAGCAAUGCAUUUCCCGCGAACACACACUACUCCCUCGGCGGCCAAGUCUACUGCACGCCAUGCCCCGCAGGUCAAUGAGACCAACAAUCAAUGUUUAUUUGUCAGCAAACACACACGGCUUCGGCUUCAUGGCGUUGAUUCGCUCAGGCUAUAGAUGCGACAAUGGUCUUCCGGGGGACCAGCCCCCUGUUCGCUGUUUGGAGGGGCAGUACUCAUACGAGGGCGAUGGCAGAUGCCGUGCGUGCGACCCGGGAUAUCUGUGUCCUCCCGGAUCAGCCACACCCUCACCGAGAGGAGCCGAAUGUCCAGAGGGGUGGGGUGUGUCUAGCCACGGAGAAGGAACAACAGUGAGACCCAUGAUCUAUGUGUGUGCAGGACGCACUGUGAGGUCGCGGGCGACCCCGUUUUUGGUCAGGUUGUGCUGGCAGAUUGUAACGCUGGGACGUGGGGCCCCAUGAGAGCCGCACGAUCGCAAGCUGACUGCAGGGACUGUCCUGGAGGUCAGUGCACGGUGAAACGACACAGACCUUCGCUUGCCUUCCUUUCACGAUCGAUUGAUUUGCUUUUUUGGGUCAGGGUUCUACUGCCCGGCGGGGACCGGCGUGUUCAACCAGUACCCCUGCCCGGCUGGCUAUUGGUGCGACCCAGGCUCGACAACCGGCUUGCAACACCCGUGUGUCGACGGUAAGCAAAGAGAACGCAAUCGUGUGGAUCCACUCACGGAUUACUUAUCGGCUGCUGCGCUCUAUAUACAGGCACGUACAAUGACGAGAUCGGCGCAGUCAGCCAGGACGACUGCAAGCCCUGUCCGGGAGGCACCUACUGUCCCGAUCAAGCCGCCCCCGGCAUUACGGACCCCACCCGCUGUCCGGCGGGCUACUUCUGUCCCCAGGGCAUCGACGACCACACUUUUUACCCCUGCUUCAGGGGCACAUACAGCCCCAAUGAAGGCAUGUGGCAUCAAUAAACGGACGUGCCUCACACAGCAGACGAACAGUCGGGUCUCUUUGUCUCUUGCAUGUGUGCAGGGAUUGAGCAUCCGUCCGAUUGUCUGGAGUGUCCCAUGGGUCACUACUGCCUCGACGCUGCCGUGGAGCCCACACCCUGCCCCCCAGGCACAUUCAACAAACACCCGGGUGCAGGGUACUUCGAGAACUGCGAGCUCUGCCCUCCCACGUACACCUGCCCCCUAUAUGGACAGACGGACUACGCAGGAGAGUACAGCUUCCGGUCGGUAGCUGGCUGCCGACACAUCCAAUCACUGCGCAUGAAGUUUCUGUCGAUGGUUUGCUUGUGGCAGGUGUGCUGAGGGCCAUUAUUGUCCCCGCGGGACAGAGCGGCCCGACUCGCAUCCCUGUCCGCCGGGCACCUACAGCAACAAGACUGGCGUCGAGUCGCUGGCGUCGCCCCAAGAGUGCCACAUAUGCCCGCCUGGCAAGGUAAGUGCGCAGACAUGUUGCAUCUCCACUGGCCCACUUCUUCUCUGUUGUUGAUGGCUGACGUCAGGCGUGUGACUGGGGCACCACCGGCCCGACAGGCACGAAGCCACCAGUGGAUUGUGCAGCUGGAUUCUACUGUCCUGCGGGUAUGUCCCCGCGCCUUCGACGGCCAGAAGCAACCCUUUGCCCUUCAUUUUGUCGGCGCUUCUGCAUUGAUUCGUUAGGUACGUCCGUCCCAUCUCAGUAUCCAUGCCCCCCUGGCACCUACGAUGCGGCGACCAACCUGACUGACUCGUUCCAAUGCGAUCCGUGCCCGGCGGGCUCGUACUGCCUCGGUGGUGACACGGCGGUGACCGGCCUUUGUUUGGAGGGCUACUACUGCCCUGAAGGCAGCUCCACCAAUAGUAAGCGAGCCUACCGAGAAACAAGCCUUGACACUUGAGUCCUCACGCCUUGCGUGCUAUUUCCUGCGUGGCAGAGGCGUUUCCCUGCCCCGCUGGAACGUUCAGAGCCACUCCGGGCGCAACGGUCAGGGGGGAGUGCCAGAGAAACACAAAACGGAUCCGUUUAUACGUUGUGUUUCGCUUCCACCGCCUGCUUCAGAGUGUGGACGAUUGCGCGAAUUGCACAGCGACUAACUACUGCAACGAAGCGAGCACUUCACAAGAAGUCUGCCCGGACGGUACCUAAAACAGGACGCUUCGAUGCGAUCCACCAUGUCUCUGCUGCUGUGCCUUACAGGCUCCUACUCUGAUGGCCCGAAUUUCAAAUACAGAGGUCAGUCGUACACAUACAACUUUCGACACGCCUUCAACUUGUGUGUUGGUAUGCCAUGCAGGCCCUUCUGACAGCUACCCUUCGUGCAUCCGGUGUCCUGCUGGGUACAGCUGCACCGCCGGCGACCGCGCUAAUUGCACCGCGGGCAGUUACUCGAGAAGCGGACAGUCCAGCUGCACGCCUUGUCCUGAGGUGCGGAGGGAGGUGCCGAGUGGCAGAAAGAUGAUCAACGAAAACCCUUCUGCUCUUGCAUGUGUGCACAGGGGCACUUUUGUGACUCCGACACGACGAGUGAGGCGGAGAUGCUGUCCAACAAGUGUGCGGCGGGUCGCUUGUGUAACGCCUUGAGCAUCGUUCAAGAUCCCACCGACACAGACGACAGGCCGUGUCCCGCUGGCAGUUACUGCCCAACAGGCACCACGGCUGCAGGUGGGCCUGGCUACAACCACAAGCAACAAAGAAUGACCUGUCGAAUCUGGUUUGUGGCCGGCUCUCUGGCUGUUCUGGCUUAGUUUCCUGCCCUGCUGGUACUUACAACAAUCUCGAAGGCCGAGGGUCUUUGAGCGACUGCCGGCCCACUCCUGCGGGGAACUAUUCGGAUCCCGGGGAGACCAAUCCACUGGGGACGGGCGAGUGCGACGAGGGCCACUUCUGCCCUGAGGUGAGCAGCCAGCAAAAGCACACACAGCUCCGGAUCCAGCCACUUGUUGUUCUACGCGGUUGGUUGGUUUCCAGGGCUCAUCCUCGCCGACGCAAGAGCCAUGCCCCCCGCGGUAAUGAGAAGCAUGCAGAGAUUAAGCCAUCAUUCACUCUUGUAUCUGUGUGUCAGGACGUACCGCAAUCUGACUGGUGGUCGAAGCUCCGACGACUGCGCGCCCUGCCCGACUGGCUUCUACUGCACGGGCGCCACCAGUGACCCCACGCCAUGCGACAUCGGCUUCUACUGCACACUCGGAGGUGAGUGACGAAGACAGACAAACACCUGUCUCACGAUUGUCUCACGAAUGAGCUCACCUUCACUCAUUCAUUCUGCCUGUCUGUCUAUCUAUCUAUCUGUCUGCCUUGCAGUCGACCGGGGCUUCCCAUGCCCGCCAGGCACAUUCGGGUGAGACCGUCUUACGCCAUUGAUCGAUUGACUGAUUGACUGAUUGAUUGAUUCCUUCGUUCACUGUGAACGUAUGUCUCUAUGCAGCAAUGUGACUGGGCUUCGGCGGUCGACCGAUUGCGAAGAGUGCACGCCGGGCUACUACUGCGACCAGUACGGUCUGAGCGAUGUGUCGGGUCCUUGCGACCCAGGCUUCUACUGCUCGGGGAGAUCAGCCACAUCCGCGCCCAGAGACGACAUCCAGGGCAACAUCUGCCCCGCGGGAGGAUACUGCGAGGCUGGAUCACCUGGGCCAUCGCGGUGCCCCAUCGGCAAAUACAACGCCUACGAGGGCGGAAAGAGCCUAGCAAACUGCCUCGAGUGCCCGCCUGGUGAGUCAGCUGAUGUCACGUCCGCAAGUAGCGAUGUGCAUCGCUUCCAUUGACGGGAGCGCGCCCGUGUGUCUCUCUGAUGGCUCUCACUGACUGACCAUGCGCAGGUCUGUGGUGUGGUGGUACUGGAGCGGCUUUGCCCCAGGAACCCUGCAAGGAGGGGUUCUUCUGCCCUGGAGGGGCCCAGGACGAGAGAGGAAAGACCGAUAACGACACCGAAAUGCCGGCGCAACCAGGCAAGCAAUUGUCUGGGUCACUAUGUUACAGCCAUUGGGUGUGGUGUGUUGUCACUUCGUGCGCGCUGCCCUGAUGACCCAUGCAGGCUACUAUGCUCCUGCGGGGGCGCACAACCAGAUCCCCUGUCCAGUGGGCACCUUCCAGGCCAACAACGCCUCCUCUUCGUGCAACCCCUGCCCAGGAGGCUUCUACUGCGACGAGCAGAACCUCGAUGACCGCAAGGAGUGCCCUGAGGGCACUUAUUGCCCGUCAGGUGCAUCCAUCUACCUGCCAUGUCCGCCCGGCACCUACAGGAACGAGACAGGUGGGCAGGUGCUGGCGACGGAUUGCAAGGGGUGCGAGGACGGCAAGUACUGCCCCGACUACGGGAUGACCAGCGCAACCCUCGACUGCGAAGCGGGCUACUUCUGCAAGAGUAAGCGACGGCCGAAUACUAUUAUUGUGUACUGUCGAUUGCUCGAUUGUACAGAGGACCCGUCGAUCAACAAGGGGUCGGACUCUCCUGCGCCACAGGUACGUACAAAAAAGACAUGAACAUGGGAAUGGCCACGUUCGACCGUCUGCUUGUUUAUAGACCACCACAUCGACAGGCGGCCCAUGCCCAGCUGGCCACUACUGCGGCAACGGAACGGGCGAUCCGACCCCAUGUGACCCAGGCUUUUAUGCCCCCACGGAGAGAAACGUAGACAGCGAUGGCUGCCUGCCAUGCACACCAGGAUGGUAAGCGGUGAUACUCUGGAUGUUCCAUUUAUUGUUGAUCCAUUGUUCCAAUGGCUUCGGCCCAAUGGUGUGUUCAUUCAGGUACUGCGCCACUGCGGGCUUGGCAGCGCCAACUGGUCUGUGUGACGCGAAUUAUUUCUGCGAAAGGAACAACACAAACCCCAGGCCGGGUGGAGAUGAGUGCAAAGUGGGGCACAAGUGUCCCGCAGGCUCAACAAGGAUGGUCCCCUGUGAAGAGGGGACGUACCAGGACCAGGAUGAGCGCAGCGAGUGCCUCACCUGCCCCGCUGGAUCAUACUGCGGCGUUGCCACCGGGUUUCCUAGUGCCGCAUGUCCAGAAGGUGAGUUCCAGCACUCUGUCCAGAUGCAGACAACAGUCGAUUGCCUUUUGAGACAAUCGCUGUCUUUCGUCGCUGUCUUUCGUCCGCUUUGCAUGCAGGUCACUUCUGCCCUGCCGGCACAAGAUAUAGCACGGAGUUCCCCUGCCCUGCAGGUUUGUCUGCCUGCAUGAAUGUCGACCAACGGACGCACAGACAGAAUGACAGAAAAACCUUUCUGUUGCUUGUAUGUCUUGUGCGUGACUACGUCAGGUACCUAUAACCCCGACUCCGGCAAGCAGACAUGGCACGCGUGCCUUGAGUGCCCUCCUGGCCGGUAUUGCCCUACGCAGGGCCUCGACUCGACUGUAUCCCCGACUGGAUCAGCCAACAAAUGCGACGGCGGCUUCUACUGCACGGGAGGCAGCAUCUACCCGAAUCCUGUUGGAAUAAGUAUGUCGAUCUAAUUGUUCACAGAGAAACCCUCGCAUCUGCCUGUGUGUCUGUGUGUCUGUAUGUCUGUGUGUCUGUGUGUCUCUGCCUGUCUGUGUCUGCCUGUCUGUGUCUGUCUGUCUGUCUGUCUGUCUGUGUGUCUGUGUAUUGCAGACACUUCUUACGCCGAUCCCGUUGCUGGGGAGGACACAACCAUCUGCGGCGGGGGGCCCGACAUAACAUACCCUACACAAACAGCGGCAGAGGUCAGGCAGCUAGGCCGCGAGGAGACAUCAUUACACCCACAGGCGGAAAGCCGUCAAGCUCCUGGCUGUCUGCUGGCUGACGUAUCCAGGAUUACUGCACGGCGGAGCCGACAUGCAUCGGUGUGGUCCAGCACGGCUCGGGCGACUGGCAUCCCCGCUGCGGCAGCGCCACAUCAACGGCCACUUGGGUGCCCAAUGCCGUGGGCGUCGUGUUUCCUCAGUUCUACAGAAGGAUACAGGGCGGGGGCGGCAGGUGCACCGCGGUAGGAAUGACACUCUUUGUGGACGGUUCAUAUGUAACAUGUCUCUCUUCAUGUCUCUUCUUUUAUCGCUUCAGGGCCACUUCUGCCCGGCUGGCAGCACAACAGAGAACCCCUGCGAUCCCGGCUUCUACUGCGCAGCAGAUGGGCUCAACACGACCACGGGCAGCUGUGCGGCGGGCUUCUACUGCGGUCGGUGACUAAUUCCAAACAACCUGGAGGAGACACCAUGAGCCGCUUGUGUACGUUGCGUUGCAGAUGCUGGUGCUGCUGUUCCCGCUCCGCCUGAUCGUGUGUGUCCUAAGGGCGGCUACUGCCCCGCAGGCACGACGACUGUGCGGAACUGCCAAGCAGGCGAGUUCCAGCCAUCGAGGGGCAAUGACGACGAAUCCGACUGUUUCAAUUGCACAGUAAGACAAGCAGACCAUAUACGCAUGGCCCUUGGCCCUCUCUGACUUGUCUAUUUUGCUAGUCUGGCUACUACUGUGCGACCCCGGGCCUGCCAGCGCCAACGGGGCCAUGCGACGUUGGUGAGUAAGAUCAUACGCAAACAGGCACACUCGCUUUCCCUCUCUUCAUUUUCUGGCGGUAGGUCACUAUUGCGAGGAGGGCAGCUCAUCGCGGACUCAGAACCCGUGCCCAGCUGGCCACAGAUGCCCAGUGGCGUCGAGCUUUCCGAUUCCGUGUACGGUGGGCAGUUACCAGCCCAGCGGACAACAAGGCAGCUGCAUACCCUGCGGAGCCGGUCAGUCAGCCAGCCAAUUAGUCGUUCUCGAACGAAGCGGAUGGUGCCUCACAAUGUGCUGGCUGCAGGGGUGUAUUGCAUCGAAGGGGCAAGCAGCUCCACGCCGCCACCCUGCGCCGUGCGUGACAGACUCACAGAACAAACACGUUUCGCAGAGCUACUGUUUCUGUCUCUCAUCUGCAGAAGGGCUUCUACUGCCCUGCUGGCACGGCAUACAGAGACGUAAGCGUUCCUCCUGCCUGUCAGCAAGCAAAACCAAAACACGCACUCGAUCAAGGUGUUUGUUCCUCAGCAAUACCCGUGUCCUGUCGGCACAUUCCGUGACACUGAUGGAGCGGAAACCAUCGCAGACUGCUCAGAUUGCACUGCGGGCAACUACUGCGACGAACUGGGGCUGGACGUUCCUGCUGGGUCAUGCGAUCCGGGUGAGACCGACCAGACCUGGCAGUAACAUUGUGAUCAAUCUCGUGUCUUGUCUUUGUCACUCAGGAUAUUACUGCCCCGCCAACAGCCCCAGCGAGUCAAUCACACCCCGACCGUUGAACAAUUACUGCCGCAUGGGCGAAUACUGUCCGGCAGCCUCAGGCGCACCCACCAACUGUCCAGCGGGGCUGUACUGCGGCCAGGGAAGGUCGAGACGCACCACCGCACACCGUACUUGAAGAAGUAGAGAAGGAUUGCACGGUUUUGCUUGCAGGCUGGAACAUCCCUCUGGCUUCUGCCAAGCUGGGCAUGUGUGCACAAGCCGGUCCUCGACCGCCGCCCCCCUCAACACCCACGGCGCGUGCAGCGAGAAUAUGGUCGGAUUGCUGUGUGAUCCGGGACACUACUGCAUGUCAGGUAUGGAGAGCAAGUACGUAUUGAUGGGAGACGUCAUGCGUUUUCUGCUUCAGGCUCCACAAUUCGCACCAUAGCCGGCGGGGGUGGGUCGACCAACGACAACAUCCAUGCCCUCGAUCGUGACUUCACCGGCGGCGAUGGCCCCGAAGACGCCAUCGAGGACGCAGAUGGCAAUGUAUACCUCACCUAUCCCGGGGAGCACAUAGUGCUCCGCAUCGACAAGGGCACGCGCAACAUCACCACCAUCAUUGGCACUGGGACUGCCGGUGCCAUCCCUCCGGGACCCGUCCUAGGGACAGCCUUUCCGUUGGAUGAGCCGAGAAGGCUGGCCAUGGAUACGAAGGGAGGAGUGCUGUACGUAUCGGACUCCGGCAACAAUCGCGUCAUCAAGUAUCUGAUUGCCGACGAGGAAGCGGAAGUGCUGACGACGGGCCUGAGCGACCCCCGCGGCAUGGAAUAUGACCCAUCCUCAACCGAGCUGUACGUCGCGCUCGCUGGGUCCCACGAGGUGGUGUCGCUGGACACUACUAAUGGAGCUAGAACCGUUGUUGCCGGAACAUCAGGCACAUCUGGAUGUAAGACAGACAAAAGUCGAUGUGCUGCGACUGUUGCUGUAUGUAUCCUUGAUUGGUGUUGCAGCUGCAGCCGGUUUCCUCGACACGCCCAUGGAUGUCACCCUCGACAGCAGCGGCAACAUUUAUGUCGCCGACUUUGGUAACCACAUGGUGAGUACAGUCACACACGGACAUACAGGCGCCAAUAUUCGCUCCUCACACAAAAUGGCUUUUUCCCUUCAGAUUCGCGACGGUAGCCUAGCCACGAUUCCCGCUUGCACCACAAUUCCCCCUUGCGUCGGCGACGGCAACGAUGGUUCGGAUGGCGAUUCAGACAUCUACAAGAUUCGACCUGACUCGGGCAGCUUUGAUACUGUUUCCCUAAGUGGCCCGACGGCAGUGCAGGCCGUCAGACUCACAGUGGUAACACAGGCGAAAGCGUAGCACGCAAGAGUGUCUCGCCAGCACCACCCACGGUCGGCCCACAUGUGUAUCUGUAUUGGCUCAUCAGACCAGGGAGGCUCUUUUCAUCGCAGAUCAGUCUGCGCAUCGGUCAGUGAGAGACAAUGACAUCAGUCGGCUCGAUACGUUGAAUAGUGACUGCUCAUCAUGUGCCUGCCUCUGCAGCAUUCGAUUCAUUCCUUUCUGGACAGCCCCCAAGAUCUACACGGUUGCUGGCGACGGCACAGGUGGCUUCACCAAAGACGGGGGGGCCUUGCCUGCCAACGAAGCGCAAGUCCACACACCAACCGGCCUCAACGCCGCAGUCAGACAAGUGAGAGCACCAUGCUAUAUCUUCCGCACUCACCAUGGCCAUCUUGCCCCGCGUGUGUGUCAGUCGAACGGCUACGCGUGGCAUCUAUAUGUGGGGGACAAGGGGAGCAACCGCAUUCGUCAGCUCAUCAUCUCGCCAACUCUGUAUGAGUCGUCUUCCAGGCAAAAAUGCCCUGUUGGUGAGCGACCGAGCCUGCCAUACAGGGGAAGUUCCAACCUUUGCUUGUUUGUCUCGUCCCUCAGGCUCGUACAUGCCCUGGACGGGCAACACUGCCGAACAAGACUGCAUUCUGGUCAAUACAAAACAUGCGACACACAAAGGCAGUCACCUCUGGGGCGAACCAAUCGCAAUGUUGCGUCUCUCCAUGGGUCUUCUCUGUGUCAGUGUGAUCCGGGCAUGUACUGCAGUUCCCUUGGUCUGACGGCCCCCACCGGUCCCUGCCAGUCCGGGUACUACUGUCCCGAGGGAUCCAGCAGCGUAACCGCCGUCGACUGCCCCGCGGGACACUACUGCGAACAAAGACCAGGUGUGUCAGUAGGGCACACGUCAAUCAUACGCACACCACACGCCAAUGUACUCUGUGCGUCAGGGGUGGAUGACGAUCGCGUAGAGAACAAGCCCGCCUCGUCCACGACUGCCAUUCCCGGGUUCCCCCCCUCCAACGCCGUGGAUGGCAACGGCGGCACCUACUGGCAGGCGGCUUUUACGGGAGCGACGUAUCUCGAGGUGUCUCUGGAGGAGUGGUACUUGGUGGAUCGAUUCCACAUCACCAUUGUGACUUCACCGGACGGGCUCUACCUCACGGCGUUCACACUCCAGUAUGAGGACUUCUCUGCAACCAGCGGGCAGUGGGUCGACUUCACCAUCGAGCACUCCAUCAGUGCUCCAAACACGACGGUAAGUGACUGAAGGAAGGGACACAGAAUGACAGCAAAGACGUCCUUGCGACCUCGGUAACUAGAUCGACGCGGCGAUCGACCCUCCACGCCCAGUUGAACGGCUCCGACUGAGUAUCACAAGUACGGCUGGGACAGGGAACAUCAAGAUAUCCGACUUCAACGUUUACGGCAGCAAAAGCACCGGUAAGGGAAUGCGAAGCAGCCGUCACGCUCUCUUGUCUCCGUUCGCCAUGAUUGGCCCGUCUCUGUCAGGGGCCCCUGUCGCCGUGCGGUGCUCGCCAGGCACAUUCCAAGAAGCCUCGGCACAAGCCAGCUGCCUCGUGAGUCAUCCAACUCCAUCGAUUCACUCACCCAUCGCACACACGUUUAUGCCAUGUGUCCCUUCCCUUUAGACCUGCCCUGCGGGCUACUACUGCGACGGCAUCCAAUCGGACCGGGCCCUUGACUGUCCAGCAGGCUACUACUGCCCGGAAGGGACUGAGUGGGGCACCCAGUACCCCUGCCCUGUCGGCACCUACAGCGAUGUCCAACGUCUCACCUCGUACACGGAGUGUAAGCCGUGCUCAGCCGGCCAGUACUGCGCCCGGCGGGGCCUGUCUGCACCCAGCGGGCUCUGUGCGGCGGGCUACUACUGUAGGGAGGGCAACUUCCUCCCUGCCCCACGAGUCAACGAGACUAACCCGGAUCCUUUGGCCGAGAAUGUUACCAUCCUCGGUGGCCCGUGUCCUCCCGGCUCCUACUGCCUGGAGGGGACGGAGUACGAGACGCAAUACACAUGCCAAUCGUAAGUCCGCCAGGGAGACACUGGAUAUACCCAUUGCGCAUGUGUGUGGUUGUUGUGGUCGCUCCCGCAGAGGAUUCUUCUCGGUGUCGGAGGGCGCCGACUCGAACGUCAGGUGCGGUGAAGCAGUGCCGGCAGAUCCAUAUACUCUGUUGAAUGUGCACCCUCCUAUGGUAUGUGUCUGUGCUCAGCUGCGUGGCCUGCACUGCGGGAUACUAUUGCGAAAACACCACCACCACCAUCCGCCAACCAUGCCUUGGCGGGUACGUGUGUCUCAGCGGCAGCGACACUGGCCAGCCCGACGGCUCUGACUCAGGAUGUCCAGAUGCGUAUCCGUGUAAGGGCUACCCUUGCCCUGAAGGCUACUACUGCCCUGCGGGCACAUUCGCUGAGAAGGUUUGUAGGGGAGAAAGAUCGACACGAUUGUAAUCGUGGUGGAAGUAUCCUCCUAAUUCCGCUCUGCAGGCGUGUCCUCCUGGCACGUAUAGUGGCGCCAGAGCGCCUGUGUGCAGUGACUGCCCGCCGGGAAAGUAAGAAACCGUCACCCGGACAAACCAAAAAAUAGAAGAGAGGGAUAGACCGAUGGAUGGAUGGCUUCGUUCAGGUACUGUCCGAUAUCGGGUCUGAACGCCUCGUUUGUGCAGGGUGCCAAUGCCCCAUACAUCUGCCCUUUUGGCCACUACUGUCCGGAGGGAAGCAUCACCCCCGUCCCCUCCCUGCCGGGAUACUUCGUCGACUACGAAGGCGCGCAGAAGCCCACACCGUGCACCAACGGAGAGUAUUGCAGGUCAGCAGUCUGUCUUUACACGAAUGGAUGGUGGGAUGGAUGGAUGGAUGCAUUCGAUAACAAUGUCUGCUCCUUCCUUCCUUGUUCGUAGUGGCUACGGGCUGAGCAGCACGUCCGGGAGGUGUGCGCCAGGCUUCGGGUGUCAGCAGCCGCCCUGUGCGCCAACCGACAUCAUGUGUCCCCCCGGUGCAAUGUACCAAUACGAGGUCGACCGCAUCUUCGACAGCGCUGACGACAUAUACGUCGGCAGGUGCCCCAUAGGCCACUACUGUCCCGCCACGAACCCUGACGGAUCGCUCUUCGGCGGCGUGCCACUGCCAUGCCCUCCAGGGGAGUACCAGGUACCUGCCGAUGGCUUACUGCCUCCCUCCUUCAGGCAGAAGAGAGUAUCGACACCACCCGCACUUGUCUGAGCGUUGCAUUUGUGUUCAGGACACGCACACAGCUGAUGAGUGCAAGAAGUGCCCACCUGGGAAAGCAUGCACUGUCCCGGGGCUGUCGUCGCCCGAUGCCGACUGCCAGGCGGGGUACUUCUGCGCCGGGGGAGCCGCGACUACAAGUACACACACCACGAGAGAGACGCGGAGACGUCACUCUACAAUGCUCUCCCCAUCUGCGAUCACGCGUGCAGCGCCGGUGGGGUUUGGCAAUCCUCAGGGCGGGGAGUGUCCAGUGGGCCAUUACUGUCCGACGGGCACCAACAGCUCCAUUCCAUGCCCGCCCGGCGAAUAUGCCAACGUGGCCCGGAGCGCGACAUGCUUGCCAUGCCCCCCCGGGAAACACUGCAUCAACGGCACCUCCACCCCAGGGUCAGCUACACUACCCAGACGAUGGAUAGAUUGUGUGGACGAUCGUGUGUGUGUGACUCGUGUCUUCUUCAGACUGUGUCCUGCUGGCCGCGUGUGCAAUAUUUCCAGUCAGUCGGGCUUUGACGACGCUGGCGGAAGAGGGAUAGCUCCCCUUGUGUCCCUCCUGUGCGUGUCUGUUGACGUGUUGUGGUCGGUCAGGCGAGCCAUGUCCCAUAGGCAGUUACCGAGACGCCAUUGGCCUCCCUGACGAUGUUGGCGAGGACUGCGCGCCGUGUUUGCCUGGCUGGUACUGCCGGGCCGGACAGCAAGUUGGCCUAUGCGCCGUAAGAGAAGAACUAUAGACCAAAACAUUGAUCACAUCUAGACGGUUGUCUGUUCUCUGUGUGUGUCAAUGUCGCCGCUGACCUCCUCAGGCCGGGUAGGUCGCGUGAGAGGCCAUUCCUUUGUGUCUCCAUGGGAAGGAUCUGCCUGUCUGCGUGACUGUGUUCAGGUACUUGUGUGGUUUCGGCAACCGGCACCCCAACCCCCGCCCCGACAAAGGCAACAGUGGCCCCGGCGUGACGUACACCCGCCCGAGCGCCACUGUCGAGUACAUAAACUACACCAACUUCGUCAGGCUGCACUAUAAUCCACCCGAGGAAGUAUAUGGUGAUUUGGGGCGGCAUGGAUCACACACACAGAGCGCGAAUACGAGACACCGUCUGUCUGCCUGUCUGCCUGUCUGCCUGCAGGUGGCAUCCAGUGUCCGCCAGGGUUUUACUGCAGAGAGGGUAGGCAGAAGGGCCGUGUGUCAGCCACCGGGUGACUACCGUCUGUCUGCAUUGUGUGCAGGCACGGGUCGAUGGGGGGAUGACUACAAACCGCAGGAGUGCACGGAUGGGUCGGUCCGGCUGUUCCCUGGGGGUCGAUAUGAGUCUGACUGCACCAACUGCCCCGCUGGCUACUACUGCCCGCCAAACAUGUCACCUCCGGUCAGCCUCGCAUCCAGCCAGCCAGCCAGUAGUUGCUCGAGUCUCACAUGCAGCUGUUUGUUUCUGCUGAUUGCCAUGAUAGAUUCCCAUCGUCUGUCCAGCUGGCAGCUACUGUCCGGAAGGUAGGUAUACACACGGAAGGAGACAUUCGUAGACGGAUUUGCACCCCAAGCAUGUCACUCAUCUCGAUCGGCUGACCAGGUGUGCAAGCGCCGAUCCCCUGCCCCGCAUCUCUCUACAACCCCUUCACGGAGAAGAAGUCGCUGGCGGCGUGCAUCCCGUGCCCGGCGGGCCGCUGGUGCACACAAGACGGCACACCUGACGCCUACGAUGAAGCCGAAGGGGCGAUUGCAUGCCCUGUAUGUAAAGGACACACAGCCACAGCACACACAAAGAACGUGGGCAACGCUUGAGGGAUCUUCUGUGUGUGUGUGUGUGUGAUGGAUGGCUCGAGCAGGUUGGCUCCUACUGUGUGAACGGCACUCGCGACCCCAUCCCCUGCCCGCCCGGCACGUUUGUCGACUUCCCGGGCGCCAUGGAUGUGUCUGACUGCAAAGACUGCCCGCCGGGCUUCUACUGUGACUUCUCCAAUAACACGGUGCCCGACGCCAUGUGCCCCCCUGGCACCUACUGCCCCGGCAGAUCGGCCCGCCCCCGCGUGUGUCCCGCGCGCUUCUACUGCCCGCCCGUCACCGACCCGAAUGGCACUGUCAUCUCCGGCACGGUGGAUCCCAUUGAAUGCCCGGCAGGCUACUACUGCAAGGCGGGGACGGGAGCGAUCGAGGCCGUCACCAGGCUACUGCAGGGGGCGGCACUGUACUCGGGCUUCAUUGACCUCCCCGAGUGCGAGACGGGAUUCUACUGCCCCAAUGGCACCGAUGUGCCGCGACCUUGCCCCCCUGGCUACAGGGGCAUUGAUGGGACAGGCCAGGAACCGGGGUUCAGAACCGCAUUUAAUGAGGCGUGCAUCCCCUGUGAACCGGUGAGAAACAGACGGUAUAGGCAGUGAGUGGAAAGAGAGAGAGUCCUCAUACUGCCGUGCCGUACUUCCUCGUUUGUGUUGAUUCACUGAUUCAUUGAUUCAUUGAUUCAUUCAUUCAGGGGACGUAUCUGGAGGAUCAGAAUGCGACUGAAUGUCUGCCAUGCCGGCCCGGAUAUGUCUGCGUCAAUGCAACCAACAAGAUGUAUGUAUACAAAUGAAAAGAAAGAGGAGAGAGAGGAGAGGACAGCUGCUGCGCAUCGAUCCAGCAAUGUGGCUCCCUUGCAAACGAAUGCAGGCACCCCACCGUAUUGGAGAGAGAUGGGGGGUAUGAGUGCCCCCUGGGCCACUUCUGCCCCUCACCCGUCGCCGCUGAGCUGCCCAUGGUCGGCACGGCAGAGGAGUUCCCAUGUGUGGCUGGCACAUACGGACCUCUUCCCAGGCAGUCCACUAACGAGUCGUGCCUCCCUUGCCCCGUAAGUGCACCACCCACGCAAUGAUAUCGAUGGACGCAAUCCAAUGGCCCUUCUGCGUGUGUGUGUGCAUGUGCUGCAGGUGGCGACAUUCAAUCCACUGACAGGCAAAAGCACGUGCACGCCCUGCGGCUCGAGUGCGACAACUCCUGGUGUUGGAGCGGCCAUCUGCCAGUGCGUGGGCAAGAACCGCGCCUUCCAGGUGUCGGACCAGGCGUGCGUGUGCGCCCCCAACUUCGAGUACAUAUACGAGGACGGGGUCGACUUGUCGGACGAGGAUGGCAGCCAGGACUGCCAGGAACACGUCAGACAGACAGACAAACAGAAAGGAGAUUCUUGCGGGCCCUUUUGCUCCACAACGGGCCGUCUCCGUUCUGUUUUCUUCAGAUCUUCGAGCGCUGCAGCUCGGUCGCGGGCGAGAAGCGCGACAUCCUCGGCAAGUGCGUGGUGCCCGAUUGCAGGAAGGAGUGCGGGCCCGCCGGUGGGGAUUGGGUCGAUUCCGUCGGCCUUUGCUCGUGCACCGUCAGCGAGACAACCGACCAGAUAUGCGACACCACGUGCCAGAGCCUGCAGCUGACGGCCAAUGUCGACUACGCCAGCAGCUUGCUCGUGAUAGCCAAUGAGAGCGCCGCCGUCAACUGCAGCAUCCCCCUCUCCUACCUGACGGGCCGGACCGAAGUGCUGCAGAGCGCCCCAACGUGUUCCGAGCAGGCAAUGCAGGCCGGCAACUGCACCAUCAGAUACCAAGCUGCCAAUGGUAUGUAUCACGACAGUGGCCUGUCUCCUAAUGAGUAUAUUGCACUCAUGUUCAUUUCUGUGAUGUCACUUGCACCUACAGGUCAGUUUGAGGGCAACUUCGGUUUCCCUCCGUCCCUCUUCGCUGAGAUUCUGGACCGGCUGUACAGCGCCACCAUCGACGACUGCUUCUCAGGCGUGCUGAACACCACCGCCCCCCUCCCAGUCAACAUCACAGUCUCCCGCCGCCGACGGCUGCAGGCGACACCGGCGCCCGAGCCCGGAGUGGUCAACCCCGUCACGUGUCUGCAGCUGGGCGAGAGCAUGAUCUGGUCCCUCACGCCCGAUGCCAGCGGGCGGAUCGCCUACCCGGUGUACGAGAAGGACGCCCUGCUCAACACCAACCCCGACUUCGACUACGCUGCCUUCAGGUCAGUCAGCCACUCACAAAUAAAGGCAACACAGCUGAGUGGAUGGGGGAAUGGGAAUAUGCGUGUGUGUGUAUGUCUGUCCGCCAGGCGGUUGAGGACAGACAUCGUGGCGGGUGUGCAGCGUGCCAUGUUCAGCUUCACCUUCGACGAGCCCGGCGUGUACGUCUUCUCACUCAGCACCGACUCGAGCCAGCGCACAGUGAUAUCGGUCAUGGAGUCCGGCCAGACAUGCCCCACGCCGCUGCCUCAGACACAGACCACGUCGUCACUCGCCGCCGCCGGUGUCAAGAUUGAUGUGGAGAUCGAGCUCACACCCGACUGGCCGCUGCUUUUCGGCGUCCUCUCUGCCAUUGUGGCCCUCGGUAAGUUAGAAGGGUCGUGCUGUGCGUGGGAGAGAGGGGAGACCACUUCCCGGAUGUCUGUCUCUGCGUGUGUCGAUCCUCAGCGUUGCUGACCAUCCCCUGCCUCUGGGUGUUCCGCGUGACGGCAUGGACUUUCGAACACGGUCCGCUCGGACCAAACUCCAAAUACAGCACGUGAGAUGAAUGCACCACAGCCAUGCUCUUGCAGUGGGUGAUGAUGUGCUUGUGCCUGUUGUCCAGUGGUGUUGAGGGCAAAAUGCUGCGGUGGGUCCGUCGCUACAUUGGCGGCGAGCAGGACGGCAAAGACGACGGUGGCCCCCAAUCCGCCAGAGCGUUAGCCGACAUUGGGCUCGACGUCGGUGAGGACAUCGACCCCAGGAUAUUCCAGGCCGUCUACGACAAGCUCAUGGCGUACCACGCCUUCGUGUCCGGCAAAUUCGCAGAGCAGUUCGACCUGCAGAAGCAGGAGACACAGCGAGUCCUCAAGGAGGCGGGGCUGAUCCGCGACGCACUCCUCUCGAAGCUCGCCGAUGCGCUGGACAAGCAGGAGGACGCCGAGGCUGAGGCGCUGCGGCACCGAGGGCGGCUGGAGGACCUCAUCAAUGACCUCUACAGGAAGAGAGACGCCCUCGUCGAGGCAUGGAGGAGCAUCCACGGAGAGGCUGCAGAGGUGAGGAUGUGAGAUGGGAGCCAGAGGGUCACGGGGCGCUUCUCUUAUUAUUUAUCGAUGGUGCUUGGCAGAUGAUCGCACUCGAGAUGGAGCAUGGCGACCGUCGCGCAAGCAGGCGGGGUAGCGGUGCAUCCACCCGGUCCGAAGACAUAUCCCCCCGGAGCAAGCUGCGCCAAGGUCAGCAGACGGCGAUGCAGGCCAAGAGGCAGCACUCGCAGGCCCAGCUGGGCGCCAAUGCCGAGGCCCAGUCGGAGGAGGCGCUCAAGGCCCUCAUGGCCCAGCUGGCCACGUGCGGCAACGACGCCGAGAGGAAGGCCCUCAUUGAGCAGUUCCAGCAGCAGAUGCAGAACCUCCAAGUGCAGCUUGACGCCACCAAGAACGAGGAGCUGGAGAAUCUCAAGAGAACAUAUGAAGCCAACGAAGUGAGGAUAGGAUUGUUGCCCCGUUGAGCCGUCAGAAGGAUACGCACUUCAUGCAUGCUGUGUCCCUUCGUGUGUGCAUUCUCAGAACGAGCAGGUUGCCGCUCGGCAGACGCUCGAAGCAGCCCAGGCGAACCACGUGGCGGUCGAAGAGGCCCUGGCGAUCGAGAGAGAGGCAUUCAAUGCAAAACAGGUGAACAAACAACGCCUGUGGCGUAGGUGUCUUCCACCUCUGCUGUCGCAUUUCUGUCGUCUUGUCAUGUCCAGGAUGCUGACCGUGAGGCGUUGGCCGAAGAGGGAGCCGCCGCGCAGAGCAAGAUCACGGCUGAGUUUGCCAGCAAGGCCGACCGCGCCUAUGCCCAGAUCCAGGAGCAGAUGCAGCGCGAGCUGGCCAAGGCAGCCACGCCCGCCGAGAGAGCCGAGAUCAUCAGCCGCAACCAGAAGGCGUAUGAGGCCGUUUUGGAGGGGCUGGAGCAGGACCGGCUCUCUCAGGAGCAGGCGCUGCAGGCCAAGCUGGCCAAGCGGCGAGAGGCACUUCGCAAGCGCCAGGCCGAUGAGCUGAAAACACUGACGGACAGGCAGAAAAUGCAGGCCGACUCUGCGGCGAAGGUAUACGUCGCAGAAUGCCAUGUUUGUCUGCGCACAUCUCGUGUGUCUCUGUGGUGUGUAUCAUUCAUCCGUUUGUGCAGGACGUGUCUCAGGCGCGUGAGGCAGAGGAGAAGCUGUCGGCCGGCGAAGAGGUGGAGGCCCUCCAGCAGCAGCUCACAACCGCACAGGACCAAAAGAUCAGAGACAUGCAAAAGAGGUGCAACGCCGACCAAGCAGGAUCACCACCACCCCUGUGCACGAGUGGCUUUGUUUUGUGUGUGUCUCUGUCUCUGUGUGUGUGUCUCUGUGUGUGUGUGUGUGUGUGUGUGUUGUGUCUCAGGUACCAGACUAAGAUAGAGCUCAAGAAGACACAGCUGCAGGCAGAGAUGGAGCAGAAGCUGCGGGGGGCAAAGGUCAAAAACACACAAACACACACAUCGAGACACCAUCCAUUCGUUCUCUGUGCUCGCUGUCUCUCACGCAGACCAAGGAGGAGCGCCAGACCAUCAUCCGUGACCACGAGAGGGCCGUCCAGAAGGCUGUCGAUCUUCUCGACGAGGAGCGGGCGGCCGCCCAGGCGGCCCUUGAGCGCAAGCUGCAGGACCGGCAGCGACGUCGGCUUGAUGCCAUCAAGAAGCGGCAGGAGGAGCAGCAGAAGGUGCGGGCCCUCGAGGACACCCAUACACAGCAAUGGAGGCGGCUCGAGGCACAGCAGGAGAAUGAGCGGCUCAUCAUGGCGCAAGACCUCGCAAACCAACGCGCCAAGGAGGAACAUGCGGUCAGAACAGCACACACAGUCGGAACGUCGCUCACAGUGUCCAUCCUUGCUUGCCACCAGGUGAAGGACGACACAGCAGCCCUGCUCAACAACCUCAUCAGAGACUUCAACGCCAAGCGAGCGGUUCGGGCACCCCUUUCGCCGCACAGAAGACCCGAAAAAUGCAUCGCCCUUUCUGUGUGUUUGUCAGGACGUCAUGAAGAUCGAGGACCCCAAGGAGCGCCAGGCGGCCGAAGCCGAGCUCAACGCGUGGAUGCAGCAGCAGAGGGAGAGUAUACUGAAGGACGAUGCCUACCGCCUAGAAGAGCUCGCAGAUCGGAUGAAACGCGCCGAAUCAGAAGACUGGGCACAGCUCAAGGAGAAGCACGCCGACCAGAGCCAGCAGCUGCAGCAGCAGCAAAAGAAAGAAGUCGAGACAGCCAGGGCGCAACUCAACAAGUGAGACAACAGAAGGCCACCAGCCAGUUGAUCGGUGGAUGAUGGUCACUUGCGUGGCGUGUUAGGGCGAUGGACGAGGAGGCACGUGUGACGGAGGCUGCCGAGGAGACAGGCCUUGAGGAGGAGCUGGAGGGCGAAGAGUCGGAGGCCAAGGAAGGGCUGCAGAGAGACAUGCUCCAGACCAAGAACGAAAUGCUCGAGAAGGAGAGACUCAAGAUGCAGGCCGCACUCGAUGAGGUACGUGCACAUGCCUUAGCUACAGGACACGCAUAUGUCUCUCCUCCGCAUCCACGUGUCUUGUUUGCAGCUGGGCGACGCCACUGACCCCGAGACAGAGAUGCACCGGCAGCAGAUCAUGGACCAGUACGAGCGGAACGUCGCACAUCUCGAGGACAUGCUGGACCAGGAGAGGGACAAACAGCAGGCCGAGCUCGACAAACGGCUGCAGCAGAGGAAGGCAGAGCGGCUCGAGAAAGCCAAGAUGGCGAGACAGCAGUCAGCGCAGCUCCGAAACUUGGAAAAACAGCAGGUACAAUUAAUUCCACACAUUCUUUCUGACCGCCCCUUUCCAACACGGUGCGUUGUCUGCCUCUCAGGGCCACGACGCGCAGCUGUUGAUCCUGCAGCAAGCCGCCGAGAAGCUGAUGGAGAAUGCCGCAGCAGCCGAAGACGCGCGAGAGGACGUCGAGGAGUUCCGGUCUCGUCAGCGGUCGGCCAUCCGCGCAGCGCGCACCAAGAUGAUGGAUGUGGCGUUAGAUCCGUCCAAGAAUGCUGAGGACAAGGAGACGCUGCUGGCCCGGCUGGAGGUCAACGAAGCCCGCGUGGUCGAGGGGCUCAAUGCUGAGCGCACGUCGCAGGAGCAGAGCCUCAAGGAGAAGAUCGCAGCCAGGAGGGCACGGCUCGCAGCCAAACAGGUGAAAGAAAGCCGUAUUGCACUCUCAUAAAUACACACCACACCCGUGCCGUGUGUCUCCGGCUACUGUUGGCUGUUUGUCUCUCUCUCAGGGUGAGGAGGCGUCAAAGCAGCAGGAGGAGCACGAGGCGGCUGCCAAGCAGAUCCAGGAGGAGGGUGAAGUCGCCCUCGGACAACAAGUGGGCGUCACCGAUGCUGCCCUCUCUAUCGCAAGGGCUAUGGCCAGUGCGACCAAGGAGGAAAUGGCCGCCAAACACACUGAGGAGCUCGCCAACCUCCAGAGGCAGCAGGAGCAAGCCUUGCAAGAGCUCAAGGCACAGAUGCAGGUCAGUCAGCAAGCCCGUCUGCCUGCCUGCCUGCCUGCCUGCCUCACCACUCUGUGUCCACCAUGGAUCCACUUUGAAUUCAUUUGUUCAUCCUUCGUCAGCGUGAGUUGGCCGAGGCCAAGGAGCUGCUGAAGCGCGAGAUGGGCGACGAGCAGCAGAUCAAGACGGUCAGGCUCGAGGAGGAGAAGCAGAAGCUGCGCGAAGAGGCCGAAAGGGAAACCGCAAAGGCCAACACAAAAGAGGAAAAAGAAAACAUCCUCAAAGGUAUACUAUACCAGACCGGCCGGUCCACCUGCAUACUCCUUGCUUUAUCCCCUCACUCUCUCUCUGGUUCCCUGCACCGACAGAUUUUCAGUCUCGCAUGGCCAGGAUCGACACUGCCAUUCAGGAGGAGGCGCAGAAGCAGGAUGUGGCUCUCGAGGCACGACUGGCCGCCAGAAAGAAGCGCCUCGCGGCGAAGGAGGCUGCCCUCAAAGAGGACAAUGAGAAGCAGCUCGAGGCACAGAAACUGCAACAGCUCAGGAAACAAAUGGAGGCGCAGAGUGCGGUAGGUAUCUAAGCCAUCACAAUCCACACCAUCAGUCUGGACAAUCCACUUGCAGGCGGAGCGUCAAGCCGAGAGUGAGAGUCUGCGGCAGCUGGCGCACACCCGCCUGGGUGACGACACGACGCCGCCCACCGAGAUGGUCAAGCAGGUCUUGUCUCAGCGUCACGAGAGGGAGAUCAACGACCUCAUGGCCUUCCACUUCCGCGAGAAGGCUCACAAGCUCAAAUUUGCACUCGACGACAUCAACAAGGAGCGCGAAAAGGCAAUAGCGUAAGUGACUGUUGGAUGGACAGGCGAAACAAAGAAACCAUCACGCCACACGCCACACGGUACAUACAGCGUUUUCCUCCUCCUUGGUCAGUGAGAUUUGGGCGCGUUACCCCAAGUCGUACACACACGAGACGCCGGAUGUGGUCCGCAAGCGGCAGAAGGAGAUCGACGACUACGACAAGGAACACAAGACAAGGAUCGAGGCACACAUCAAGGACGCCACCAGACAGGUGGGCGGGACGACAGUCAAUGGCUGGGGGGCAUGGGGUAUCACACUGUCUCCGGCUGUGGUGUUGUUGUGUGUGUAUCAUUGGUUUGUCAGAUUGACGAGGCUCAAGAAGUGGAGAUGCUGGCCUUGAAGGAGCGCCAUUUGCAGGAACUCACAGACGCGUUUGCAGAGCUGUCGACGAUCGAGACAUUCGUCAAGGCCCACGAAGAGGUCGGCCCCACGCACACAUAACGCAAAUCAAGACGCACACCAUUGCAGUCCGCCUGCUUGCCUGUCUGUGCGGCGUGGCGUGGCGUGGCGUGUGCAGGGUGACAUAGUUGACCGCGCCAAGCUGGAUGUCUUUAAGAAGAAGAAAGAGGAGGAGAUUCAGCAGCGCCUCAAGGAGCUCGAGGAGGAGUGGGCCAGGAAGGAAGCUGAAGAGAAGGCCAAACUGGUACAUACUUACAUGUCUCCCUCCUGCUCACACAUGAGAGGCAUGCCACUUGGUUGAUCCACACACGUGUCCUUUCAUCGUCGUAGAACGACGAGCUGGCGGCUUUGGAGCGCAAGAUAGAGGACCAGGCGCAGCGGGACCGUGAGGCGGCUGAGCAGCGCGCCAACAAACUCAAGAACAAGGUGCUGUCUGAGCGGGAGGAGCUGCAGAAGAAGAAGAUGCAGGCGCAGCUGCAGCAGACGCCCGGUGCGGACGACCAGAUGAAGGCCGAGGUCAUGAAGCAGUACGAGGAGGACCAGCAGCGGCUCAUCACGGCCCUCGACACCGAGCGGGAGCGCCAGAAGGCCAUUUUCGAGGAGCGACUGGAGGAGAAGAAGCGCGCCCAGAAGGAGCGGCAGAUGAAGAAGGCCGAGGAGGAGCAGAAGCGCUUCAAGGAGCAGCAGACCAAGAUCAUCGAGAAACAAAAGAAGAUCCUCGAGAAGCAGCGGGAACAGGAGAUGAAGAAGAAGGAAGCCGAGCUCAGAAGACAGAGCAUCAUCGCAAGGUAGGUCGGUGGUGGGGGACGUGUCUCCCCUUUUGCCGGAUGGGAUGCCCCCACGGCCUGUGUGUGCCUUUGUUUGUUUCUUGCCUGCCUGGCUGCACUGCAGGGGUGGGGAGUAUGAGGGCCCGCAUCCGCUGUGGGAUGAGAUCCUCAACGAGGAGGAGACGGCCGGCACGCUCAGGGUCGGCCCAGAAGAGGCAGAACCAGCUCAAGGUACUCAACCUGGCCAGAGCCAUGACACGCACCCCCUGUGUCCACACGCAUGUGUCUCUGUCUGGCUAUAAUUCAGGCGGCCCAUUUGUGAGCAAGAUGCUGGAGGUGGAGCGUCUCUUGCGUGAGGAGGGGGCCUUCCUCAGAGACCUGCUGCGGAGCCUCAAGAAGCUCUCGGUCGUGCUGCAUGACCUCGACGGCUUCCCCAGCACUGCCAGCGUUCCGGCCGUCCCGACCAGACCCCCUCCCCCUCCCGCAGGUGCUGCUUCCGGUGUGAUGGCCGCGGAACUGCAGCAGUCCGCCAACUCGGGAUGA